GAGAACUUUCAGUUGGCUUGAUUGAAAAAGCAAGCGAUAACGAUCAUGUGGGAAUGGCGUCUCUGUGGCGUCUUGAAUGAAGUCACGCAAGAGCUGUUGGACACGUUGGCCAUCACGUUGGGGGCAUUGAAGGUCAGCCAAGCGCUGCUUCCGGAGUGCCGUACGGACCUCUUCAUCGUGUUGCCGAUGCCAAACAUUGGCAUCAAGUUUCGGAACCUCACGUCGUCGUCGGCCCCCAUGUUGGAGAUCAAGUGUGCCAAGGAAAUCGAAGGCACAUGUGGGGCGCAGCAAUGGUUGAAGAAACGUGUGCAUGUGCCCGAGGACAUGAACAUGGAGGACGACGACGCUGUGAAGCAGGCGAUCGUGGGGAGUGGCGUGGAAGAACUCGAGCAAGUGGAGAUCAAGUUCCCAUUGCAGCGCUUGCGGCUGUACAAGGAGCGGCAGCAGUGGCGCCUGGCUACUCCCACCAAGCCUGUCCAGGUGGAAAUCACAUCCCUUGCCACGUCCAUCAACGAUGCAACGUCCACAGGAUCCUACUUUACCAUUUGCGUCGAAUCCAAGAGUGUCGACGCACUGGUCGAAUGUCUCGUGAAGCUUGCGAUCGGCGAGGUGUUUGAGCAACAUGCGAUCCAGAACAUUUACGUGGUGGAAACCAUCCAUCUCAAGCAUCCGUCCCGCCCGUCUUGUACGAGCACGAGCCCGUCCAAGGCGGACGUGGUCAUGAUGGUACCGCCGACUCACGGACCCCAUGACAUGGACGGCCCGAACGCGCCGAGUCCGCUCAAGCGUAAGAUCGCCGCGGAAGGAUCUCGCCUGCGGCUCAUUGAAAUGGGGUACCCAGCCCUGGCGUGCCAUCUCAUGCAGUCGGCAAUUGCGCAACAAGGCAAAUAAGUGGUCGAAAAUAGUACAAGCCAUCCCUCGUCGUUUCAUCAGUAGAUGAAUUGAGUUUUGAAUCAAAAGCAUGGAAAUAUUCAUAUUUCGUGGGAAUGUGUUGAUUUCUGUUGAUUUCC